AAUUUGGGACCCCAUCAAUCUUUAGAAUUUUGCUUCAAGGGAGGAAGAAGGAGGUUUGGAGGCUAUUUUCUGUUGCUGGGCUCUGGGUGGCAUUAUAGUACAGCCCAAGCCUUCUCGCUAUGGAUGUGUAAAAGCCCUGUGAAGAAAUAGCAGCGAAAAGUUGCCCAUGAUGGAGGGUGAGGAUCAGGAGGACCAUUCAAAGGAGCAUCCUCAUGAAGGACACAAGUGUGGUCUUCGUAACUGCCGACGGUACAUUCCGCUUUGGAUAGUCUUGGUUCUGCUAACUGGAGCUGGAGCUCUAACUUGGUAUUUCAUAGACUACAGACCUCGGCAUCUGGAGGCAACACCCCUGCAUUUCUACUCUGGCAGCCUGAAGAUCCUUAAUCGACAGUAUUCCCUGGAUCAUGGGCGGAUGGAAUCCAGAUCUUUCUGGACGGAGAUAGCAAAGACUCAGAAGAUGCUGAAAGACCUUAUCUAUGCCACUGACUUGGCUCCUUACUACAACUCCAGUACAGUCUAUGCCUUUGGGGAAGGAUCUCUGACCUGCUUCUUCUGGUUCGCCCUUCAAGUCCCCAAAAGCCAACACAAGGAGAUGACUGUGGAGAAAGUGAAUACCACACUCUACAGAGAGCUUCUUGGCAGCAUCGGUAGACCAGGCCACCUCUCCUAUCAGACAGAAUACAAGGUUGAGCCAGAAUCCCUGGUUUUGCUAGAAUCCAGUGUGAAAGACAUAAUAGUCCUGAAAUCCACAUUGGGUUGCUACAGAUACAGCUACAUCAGAGAAGAUGCAGUGAUCAAGCUGAAGGGCCCAGACUACCUCGCCUCCAGCUGUCUUUGGCAUCUCCACGGCCCCAAGGGCCACAUGAUCAAGCUGCACCUAGAAUGGACCCUCUCAGAAUGCAGAGACCGAUUGGCCAUGUAUGAUGCAGCUGGACCACUGGAGAAGCGACUCAUCACUUCACUGUACGGCUGCAGCCGCCAGGAACCCAUGGCAGAAGUCCUGUCUUCAGGUCCCAUCAUGUCUGUGGUAUGGAAGAAGGGGAUGUACAGCUACUACGAUCCUUUCAUACUCUCGGCGCAGGCUGUGCCUGUUGAAGCCUGCCAGAUGAAUCUGACACUGCAGGGAAGCCAAGAGGUGCAAGGGAACAUCAAGACACCUUACUACCCCAGUUACUACGCACCCAAUACUCAGUGCACUUGGCACAUGAUGGUCCCAUCUCUGGAAUAUGGUGUUGUCCUUUGGUUUGAUGCUUACACUCUCAGAAGACAAACCUAUGACCUCCCAUGUACACAAGGACAAUGGACCAUCCAGAACAGAAGGUUGUGUGGCUUGCGGACGUUACAAGCCUAUGCUGAAAGGAUUCCUGUAGUGUCCAGUGCUGGAAUCACCAUCAGCUUCAUGUCUCAGAUCUCCCUAACCGGGCCUGGAGUGCAGGCUGCUUACAGCCUAUAUAAUCAAUCUGACCCAUGCCCUAGAGAGUUCCUUUGUUCUGUGAAUGGGCUGUGUGUGCCAGCUUGUGACGGGAUCAAAGAUUGCCCCAAUGGAUUAGAUGAGAGAAACUGUGUAUGCCCUGCAAAGUUCCAGUGCCAGGAAGACACCACAUGCAUUGAGUUCUCCAAGGUCUGUGAUGAACAUCUGGACUGUAUCAAUGGGAGCGAUGAGGAACGGUGCAAUGAAGGAAUUCCCUGUGGACUUUUCACUUACCAGUGUGCUGAUGGGACCUGUGUGAAAAAACCCAACCCUCAGUGUGACUCAACCCCUGAUUGCAAGGAUCACUCUGAUGAGAUGCACUGUGACUGUGGAUUGCAACCUGCAGUGAACCGAAUAGUAGGUGGUGCCCAUUCUAUGGAAGGGGAGUGGCCAUGGCAAGCAAGUCUGCAGGUUCGGGGUCACCAUCUUUGUGGCGGAACACUGAUUGCAGAUCGCUGGGUUAUCACCGCUGCCCACUGCUUCCUGGAUGACAGACAGGCUUCCCCCACUGUCUGGACUGUCUACCUUGGGAAGCACCUUCUGAACGUCAGCAAUCCCAAUGAAGUCUCCUUCAAGGUGAGUCGUAUCCUGCAGCACCCCUACUAUGAAGAGGAUAGCCAUGACUACGAUGUGGCCCUGCUGCAGCUUGAUCAUCCAGUCAUCUAUUCCGCUUUCAUCCAACCCAUAUGUCUGCCUGACAGCUCCCACCUCUUUGAGCCAGGCCUUCUGUGCUGGAUCACUGGCUGGGGUGCUGCUAAGGAAGGAGGUCCCACCAGUAAGAUCUUGCAAAUGGUGCGUAUACCACUGGUGCAGCAGGCCAUGUGCAAUGAAGCCUAUCACUACCAGGUCACAUCCAGAAUGCUCUGCGCUGGCUACCAUGAUGGAAAGAAGGACUCUUGCCAGGGUGACUCUGGAGGACCUCUUGCCUGUCAGGAGCCCAGUGGCAGGUGGUUCCUAGCUGGCCUAGUGAGCUGGGGCAUGGGAUGUGCACGGCCCAAUUACUACGGGGUCUACACCAGGAUCACCAGUGUGAUGGAAUGGAUGAAGCAAACAAUGAGGAGCUGAGCAAUGCCCAACCCAUUUUCCCCUGUGAGGCAGCAUGGCCUGGGUGGAGGAGCCACCUUCAGACCUCACCUGUUCUUUCCAGUGUCCUAAAUUGUAGGGACCUCCCACAUCUGCUCAAGUCCGACUCAAUAUUCAAAUCAAGGAUAUAAUAAUGGUGAAUAGCAGAAAGGGUCUUUGAGAACCGUAAGUGAAGGUGAGACUGAUAUGAAAUCUAAAAUGUGGGAUCUCCCUGGCUAUGAGGAACUGAGUGUUAUACUUCCUUGACAUUUGGUCAGUGCUUCUCAAGGUAGUGUCUGCAGUGGGUUUGCUUUCUAAAAUAACCAAACAUGGAACAUGAAAAAUCUAAAGACAAGAAUAGGGAACCUGUGGCUCUCCAGAUGUUGCUGGACAUCAACUUCCAUCAUUCCUAUUGGUUGCCCAUGCUGGCUGGGAGCUGGAGCCCAACAAUAUCGGGAGGGCCACACCGGUUCCCCACCCAUCUUAAGAGCUUGAAUUACCCCAGACAUUGAAGGUGGGGGUAGCAACUGGAAGCCCUUCUAGCUAGAACUGAACUGAAAUUUCCCAGAAAGCAUUUCUCUGAGAAAUGAGAAAAUGUCUGAGAUUUUUCUUUUCUUUUUUCUCAACCCACUGGGAGAAAAAGGCCACUCUGCAGAAUUGUGUGUGUGUGUGUGGUGGCUGCCAUUUUACUCCCACAAUGCCUCAAAAUGAUGCUAGAUCCAGGGCAUUGUGGGGAUGCAAAAUGGUGGCCAGGCUCAACACAGUUGCUGCUGCUGUCCUUCCAUCAGCAUCAUGACAAAACAAAUCACCUUGAGACAAAAGAGAGCAGCUAUGCUACUGCCACUGCUAAUGGGGAACUCCACACCUGAAAGACCUUUUGAGAAAAUUUCUCCUCUUGCUGGAGAAAUUUUGUGAAAUGAUCCCCCAAUUUCUUUGCCUACAAAUAGGGUGAAUUUUGAAAGGCUAUGUGCACACAUCUGUACAUCUAGCCAUCUUCAAAGAAAUUAUUUUUUAGCAAAUGAAAAUGCCAAGUCAGAAUUACCAGGCACAUUGGAAAGGACCAUGAGUAGAUGCUGUUUGUUAAGAGGCAUGAACUUCAUGAGAAUUGUGUUACUCAUGCAUUAUUCCCAAUAAUGAACUAUAUGGGGAGGGGUGCCCUAUGUCAUGGAAUUGCCCACUGUCCAGAGGACAAACCCAGAUGGCUCCCAUCUGGAAAGGAAUCCCACAAUAGUCCUGCUUCUGCUCUGGAUUUCACUGGGUUUCAGGCUUGAACAUCCAUCCAGGAGCAGGCCGUCCACUGCAAUUCUUCUCCCAGGUACAUGACUAGCCAACUGCCAGGGAUGAUGGCUCUUCUUUGAUGAGAUCUCCCUGAUAACUUUGCCUCCUAUCAAGAAAGGUGGAUGAUGGAGACUUUUGCUUUAGAAAGACACUGUCACCUCUACUAAAAAUUCAGCUUGCCUAAUUAUUUUGUAGUAGAAAGUGACUUUUCACUACAUCCUGUCAUGGAGAUUUCUCUACCUGUAUGAGAAACCUGAAUUCACUCCAAACAUUUGGUUUAUAAUGUCCACCCUUCCUGCCCAGGACAAGUAUUGUUGCAUACCAUACUACUGAUACCAUCACCCUACUUGCAUUGCUUUGUACAAGAAACAUGCCAUUCAUUUGUGGUAACAGUCGGCCUUGUCAAUCUCACUUCUUUGUUCUUUCACUGAUAAAAAUCGGCUAUAUGUAUGAGUAAUAACUUGGUCCUAUGCAUAUUUGAAAUAAAUCUGUGUGUCAAA